AGCAGACCUGCCUCACUCCCCCACGCCCCGCCACCACCCGCAGCCUCCCUUCUCUCCCGCAGCCUCUUGGCGGCCACAGCACUGGCAGGCUGGGCACGUGGGCGCUUCCGUCACACCCUCACUCAUACACACACGUACACACACACACACACACACACACACACACACACACCCGGGUCCGCGCGCCCGCAUCCCGUUUUGCUCCCCUGGCAGACACACAGACGCUCACGAGUCUCUCUGUGUCACUGCAGGGCAGCGACCUCCAAACCCAUCUCCAGGGCGCGCCCUUGGCGAGCAGCGGUUGCUCUCCAGACAGCUCCUUUGCUGCCUCUGGCACCGCCACCUGGACCGACCCUGUCUCCGAUUGAGAGAAGAUCAGUGAGAGGUGCUGGCCCGACUGCUAGAGGUAUAUACAGAAUAUUGGAAUCAUCAGAUCCAGCAUCUCUAAGAGAUUAUCACCUUGAAUCAAGGAUUUAUUUGAUAUUCUUCUUAGACUUGACUUCAUAUCAAGGAACAUUUUCAAAAAAUAUAUUUGCUACAAAGGUGUCUUUAAAAAAAAUCCUUUCCAAACUUUUCCAAUGCCUAAGAACAGCAAAGUUGUAAAAAGAGAUUUAGAUGAUGAGGUUAUUGAGUCUGUUAAAGACCUUCUUUCUAAUGAAGACUCAGCUGAAGAUGCUUUUAAGAAGAGUGAACUAAUUGUUGAUGUCCAAGACGAGAAAGAUGUUGAAGAUGGAGCUGAAGUGGAUGAUGAAAGGCCGGCUUGGAACAGUAAACUGCAAUACAUCCUGGCCCAAGUUGGAUUUUCUGUGGGUCUAGGGAAUGUGUGGAGAUUCCCUUAUCUAUGUCAGAAAAAUGGGGGUGGUGCAUAUCUUUUACCGUAUUUAAUACUACUUCUGGUAAUAGGUAUUCCCCUUUUUUUCCUGGAACUUUCUGUUGGUCAAAGAAUUCGGCGAGGAAGCAUUGGGGUAUGGAAUUACAUAAGCCCUAAACUGGGCGGGAUUGGAUUUGCAAGUUGUGUAGUGUGCUAUUUUGUGGCUCUCUACUACAAUGUCAUCAUCGGCUGGACUCUAUUUUACUUUUCUCAAUCUUUUCAGCAGCCACUUCCUUGGGAUCAGUGCCCUUUGGUGAAAAAUGCUUCGCAUACUUUUAUAGAGCCAGAAUGUGAGAAAAGUUCUGCCACCACCUAUUACUGGUACAGAGAAGCACUGGAUAUUUCCAGUUCCAUUUCUGAAAGUGGAGGUUUAAACUGGAAGAUGACUGUCUGCUUGCUGGCUGCCUGGAUCAUGGUUUGCUUGGCCAUGAUCAAAGGCAUUCAGUCUUCUGGAAAAAUCAUGUAUUUUAGCUCUUUGUUUCCUUAUGUGGUACUUAUAUGCUUCCUAAUCAGAGCCCUCCUUUUAAAUGGUUCAAUCGAUGGCAUCAGACACAUGUUUACCCCUAAGCUUGAAAUGAUGCUGGAGCCCAAGGUCUGGAGAGAGGCUGCUACUCAGGUGUUCUUUGCCUUAGGUCUGGGAUUUGGUGGAGUCAUUGCCUUCUCAAGCUAUAACAAGAGAGACAACAACUGCCACUUUGAUGCUGUCCUGGUGUCUUUCAUCAAUUUUUUCACUUCCAUCCUGGCGACACUGGUGGUGUUUGCAGUUCUGGGGUUCAAAGCAAAUAUCAUAAAUGAAAAAUGCAUCACACAAAAUUCUGAGAUGAUCAUAAAGUUUUUGAGAAUGGGAAACAUUAGUCAGGACAUGAUUCCACAUCACAUCAAUCUUUCAGCUGUUACUGCAGAAGAUUAUCAUUUAGUUUAUGACGUCAUUCAGAAAGUGAAAGAAGAGGAGUUUGCUGUUCUUCACCUCAGCUCCUGUCAAAUUGAAGAUGAGCUAAAUAAGGCUGUUCAGGGGACUGGCUUGGCUUUCAUCGCCUUUACAGAAGCCAUGACACAUUUCCCUGCAUCUCCCUUUUGGUCAGUGAUGUUUUUCCUCAUGUUGAUAAAUCUGGGGCUUGGCAGCAUGUUUGGAACCAUUGAAGGGAUCAUCACUCCUAUUGUGGACACCUUCAAAGUGAGAAAGGAAAUUUUGACUGUUUUCUGUUGCCUUCUGGCAUUUUGUAUCGGCCUGAUAUUUGUGCAGCGCUCUGGAAAUUACUUCGUUACGAUGUUUGAUGAUUAUUCUGCUACGUUGCCUCUUCUAAUUGUAGUCAUCUUGGAGAAUAUUGCUGUAAGCUUUGUUUAUGGGAUAGAUAAGUUUAUAGAAGACCUAAAGGAUAUGUUGGGCUUUGCUCCAAGUAGAUAUUACUAUUACAUGUGGAAAUACAUUUCUCCUUUAAUGCUACUGACAUUGCUGAUAGCAAGCAUUGUGAAUAUGGGAUUAAGCCCACCUGGCUAUAGUGCAUGGAUUGAAGAAAAGGCAUCUGAAGAAUUUCUGAGCUACCCUACAUGGGGGAUGGCUGUCUGUUUCUCUCUGAUGGCUCUUGCAAUACUUCCUGUCCCAGUUGUCUUCAUUAUUCGUCGCUGCAACCUCAUAGAUGAUAGUUCUGGUAAUUUAGCAUCGGUGACAUAUAAGAGAGGCAGAGUCUUGAAGGAGCCUGUAAACUUAGAAGGAGAUGAUGCAAGCCUCAUCCAUGGAAAGAUAGCAAGCGAAAUGUCAUCUCCAAAUUUUGGUAAAAAUAUUUAUCGAAAACAGAGUGGAUCACCCACGCUGGACACUGCUCCCAAUGGACGUUAUGGGAUUGGGUAUUUAAUGGCAGAUAUGCCAGAUAUGCCAGAGUCUGACUUGUAGCUGGGGCAAAAGUAGUGGUUAUAACUGGUUCAUUUUUUAUCAGUGAACAAUGGUUCUACUAUGCAAAGCAUUGGGCUUCACUUAUCAGAGGGCGAUCUCAGGUGUUCCAUGGCUGUGAUCUCUAAUCCUGAAAGUUUAAGUCAAUUCAACUAGAGCAUUCUUUUGAAUUCCUUGGUUUACAUUUACCCAGAAAAGAUAAUGGACAAAGUCUAUAGUAACUGGGGUCAUGUGUGUCAAGAUUUUUUUAAGUACUCACGGUGUAUUUUCAAGAAUUUCUAUUGUUUCAAAACAAAACAAAACAAAACAGGUGUUACCUCAGUUUCUAAUAAUUUCUGAAUUUAAUGUCAUUGGCAAUUCAAAAAGUGAUAUAUCUUACAAUUUAUAGGUUCGCCUUCAGAGUCGAUCCCAGUACUACUAUGAGCAGUUGUGUGAGCCAGGGCCUCUCAGCGCAUUUCCCAAGAACAUAUUGUGUAUCUAGGCUGUACUUAUUUUGGUAGCAUUGAAAUCUUAGGCACUUAGUUGAAGAAGAUUGAGAAGUAUUUUCUUAUGUCACAGCUACAUAGGGCAAUAUUAUGGAAGAGUAAGAGGGCACCAAUGCUGGGGUGAAAGUGACACUCAGAGGUGGCUGAGGACCAUGAGCUGAUGGCUGUAUAUUUUGUGUAAAAUAAGUAUGUGAAAAUGACCUAAGAAUGAGUGGCUCUGCACUCUCCAGAAUUAUGCAGACUCUGCAUCUUUCUUAUGCCGUGUGCCUAAAAAUCUCCUUAAUAUUUAUUGUGGUUUUCAGAUUACUCAUAGUAUAUUUAUAUAAUAUACUUGCAGUGUAUAUAGAUGCACAUCAGUACUUUAAGUACUGAUUUGAAAACCUGAAGCAAGAUGGCAUUUUAUUUCGUAUAUUUCUCUUUUGCUUCUGUUUUAUGCAAAUAUAAAUCCUUUUCUAAGUGAUUGUUAAAACUGUAUGGCAUUAAAUUUUAACCUACAAAUAAAAUUUUAAAAAUGG